AUGUGUGAUCGCUUGGGGUGUGACACAAUUAAUAUAUCCCUAGCACUUGCCAUAGUUGAAAAAACGUGUACAUUGCGCAGUCGCGGCGAACCCCUAGUGAUACAUGUAUUUCUGGACCUUACAAACGGAAAGGCAUUUGGUAACUAUUCUCUGUUCGGCUGCCUACCAUGUGAAGAAGGCCCAUUGGAUAAUGAGUUCGUUCUUGGAGUUGGAGACAGGCCCGUGCUCAAAUCAAGAUCGGAAUCGAAUUUCCGGGUUUUCAAAUCAACGUCAGAAUCAAAUUUUCUGAACCCUGGAUUAUUUUCUGAAUAUGGUCUUCCAACGGAGGCACAUCGCUUCUAUAGCGUCAAAGUCCUCAGCCCUAGCAACACUGCAUGUUUGAUCGAGACGCGUGUAGUCAUGUCCAUUGAGGAAUUGAAGAUCCGCGGUGAGCUGGAGAUGGAUGUGGAAAGAGAUUUAGAGGCAGAGAUCAAGGAUGGGAUCUAUCAUCUUGCUCUUCGCUUGCACCGGCUCUAUCAACACCAAAAGGAAAGGAACGAAAGAGAAUUAUCCGAGCCUGGUCCCAAAAGUCAACAAGGCCUGACAAAGAACAAAAUACUUUCGGAGGUGAACAUAAGCAUUAGAAUGGAUGGAGGAACCAAGGUUGAGAUAAAAGAGAUAAACAAAGAAGCUCGCAAACAUGGCAAUUCGCGGGCUUCAUCAAGAUCAGAAAAUUUGAAAGGCAUGAUUGGUUCCAACGGUACGAAGUUCGACUGGGCGAAGAGUCUUCGAUCAGAAGCACGCCCAUAUGUGAUUAAGAAGAAGAUUAAUAACUGCAUGUAAUCAUGGUAUUUGGGUGAUAAUAAGCUUCACAGCCUGGGCAAAGAGUCUUCGAUCAAAAGCAUGCCCACAUGUGAUUAAGAAGAAGAUUAAUAACCGUACGUAAUCAUGGUAUUUGGGUGAUAAUAAGCUUCACAGGCAUCACUUUAUUGCUCUGCAGAUCUAUUCUGGUUUGUAAUUUUAUAUAGACAAUUGCUAUGAAUGAAAUAAUGUGACUUUUCCUACUA